AUGACCGACUCUAAUAAUGAUGAUGGUGGUUCCUCUCCAUUUUUAGAAGAACCAGCCUUAAAUAUCGACAAUGGCAGCGAAAAUGAUAAUCAACAUAUUUUUCUUAAACAUAGCGAUAUUACUACCAUGCCUACUGCUAUUAAUAAUAAAACUAGUAGUAAUGAUAGCACAGCGACCAUUAUUAUGGAAAAGAAUGAGUUACAUAGAAAACUAAUGAGCUUAAAUUAUACAUACAAUACUUUGAAAAAUGAUUGUGAAAUUAAAGAAUUGUAUUUAACCACACAAUUAGAAAAUAUGACUAAAAAAUAUAACGAGAAGUUGGAAGAAGUGGAUAAAUAUUUAAAUGAAUGUUCAAAUUUGUUAAAGGAAAACGAAAACUUGGGCAAUAAUUUACAGAAGAUAACAGAUGAAAAACAAGCAUUAGAAAAUAAAAACACAACCGUGACUUCAGAUGUGCAUGAUUUAAAAGGCGAAAUUUUACAAUUGAAGGGGAAAAUACAUGAUCUAAAUAUUGGUAAACAGGAACUAAAUGGUCAAUUGAAUAAUUUGAAACUAGAGCUAGAUACUUCAAAGGAUCUAAACAAUAGAUAUGGGCAAGAUCUAAACACUAAAUCCUUAGAACUGAAAAAAAACCUUAAUAAGAUCAAUGAAUUAGAAUCACAUAUUUUGGAAUUAGAAAUGAAUAAAAAUAUAGACAAUACCGCUGCAAAUAUUCAAAAUUAUAAUGAGCAAGAUAUAUCACUAUUAAGAAGGGAAAUUACGAAUCAUGUCUCCUAUAUUCAAGAGUUAGAAAGUACAAAUUUGAAACAAGCCACAGAAUUGAAACAUUUAAAGCAAAAGAACGAAAACAUUGACUUUUUAAAUGUCGAAAAUUCCAAUCUACGAACUAAGCUUGAUAAAAUUGAUAAGGAUUUGAAACCACAAUUGGAAACAUUAGAAUUGGAAAAUAUUAAAUUAAAAGAGCAACUAUUGAACCUAGAUAAAGAUUCAGCAAGCACUGCCACCGUCACCAAGACUUUAAUGAUGGAAAAAACUCUUUUGAUUAAUGAAAACACGAAUUUAAAAUUAAAAUGCGAUAAUUUGGAGACAAAAGUUCAUGAUUUAGAUAUUCAAAACAAAGAACUACUAGAUAUAAAUGAGAAAUAUGAGCAGACUGUAAUAAAUUUGAAAAAAUUAAACAAUGAGCUAGAACAACAAAAAUCUUUAUCAUUUGAAGAAUGUGAUUUAUUAAAAAAACAAAUUCAAGAUUUGGAACAAAUGUUAAAUUCUAAUAGCGAUAAUAAAUUGUCGGAAAGCACUAGUUCCAACAGCAAUGAAUGGAAUUCUGUGAUAGAUCAGUAUAAAACUCAAACAGAGAAUUUGACUAACGAAUUGAAGAAAUUAAACGAGUUGAGCAGUGCUGGUAGUAAAAAAAGAAAAUUAACACCUGAAACCAUGUUAGAAGACAAAGAUAAAUUUGCUAAGAUUCAAUUCGAAAAAUUGGAACUUGAAAGAGAAAUCACCACAUUGAAAUCAGAAAAUAUGGUCUUGAAGGAUAAUUUAUCCAAGUUAUCAAAUUUAAAAGAACAAAAAAUUAGAAUAUUGCAAUUACGUGAUAACCCAUUAAGUAAAAACCAAUUUAUCAAAAAAACAGAAUUAACUCUAUUAAAACAAGAAAAUGAAGAAUUAUUGGGCAAGCUUCCUAUAUCAGAGAAAAUUCCUCGAUCUGUUUAUGAAAGACUUGUGUUUGAGAAACAACAAUUGGAAAAUACAACCUUCCAAAAAAAUAAACAAAUGUUACGAUUGAAACAAAUGUUUAACAGUAAGUCUUUAGAGUUUAUAGAUACUGUCAAUACCAUAUUGGGUUUUAAAAUAGAGUUUAUUGCAGGAAAUAAGGUUAAAUUAAUUUCAUGUUAUGAACCAAGUAAGGCUUUGGUUAUGGAUUUGGUCAAUAAUACUCUAAAGUCAAGCUUAAGUAAAUCAAUUAACAGCUGGGAUGACUUAUUAAAUUAUUGGGUUAAUGAAAAAUCACAGAUUCCCUGUUUGUUAGCUUCUGUGCAACUAAAAUUGUAUGAACAAAAGUAUAAUCAGAAAGGUCAAUUGUACAACAAAAUAAGUGAUGCUGAUCAAAAUUCUGAUGUGAUAUGA